GUGAACAUCCUCAGAUUUUUUUCUUAAAUUUAUUGUUUAGAAUUUUGUAUUGGACUUGCAGAGUCAGAGUAAUAUGGAAUCAAAAGUCUCUACUUGACUAAUCUCAUAUAUCUACAUAUAUAAAACAUAAUUCUUAUAUUACAUCAAAUUUGUGAAUGACUAUGAAAUAUUAUGUUUGUUUUAUUAUAGUAUUGUGUAAGUAAAACCUGCAAGGAAGUUCAUUUAAUGGGAUAUAACUGUAAUGCCACUACAAAAUGCAAAGGGAAUGGGAUAUGUAAUAACUUAGGUAAUUGUCAUUGCUUUCCGGGCUAUAGGCCUCCAGACUGUGAAUUCCAGAUUGGUUCACCAGGGGGAAGUAUUGAUGAUGGAAAUGUUCAGAAAUCUAAUACAAUUUUUAUUAAAAAAGGCUACAAUGCACAAAAGAACAACUGGCUUAUUCUGAGUUUCCUCAUUCUUCUGCCCUUUUGUGUAAUUUUCACCGUUAUGAUUAUGAAGCAAAAUGAAAUGAGAAAAGUAUGCAACAUAGAGAACACAGAAUAUAAAGGUAAUUCAGCCAUUGUGCCAGAAAACCAUGACCUGGACUAUGCCAAGAAUUUGACCAGCAAAUGUCCUGUUUCCAGAGAAUACGCUGGAACAUCACUUCUGCAAGUUACAGAACCACAGAAGAUCGAGACACACACCAGUGAUGAUGUUUCUUACAUGCAUGCCGUUAAGAACACAUUCUGUAUAUUUUCUGUGUAUUUUAAACACAUUGAUACAUAUCCAUUCUUUAAGAUUAUGUUUGUGUUCAUAUUUUGUUAAUGAGUUACGUUGUAUGAAUGAGAACAAUCGUUUUGGUAUUUUAAUUUUUUUCAUUAUUUCCCAAGUAAUAUAUAAACGUAGUGGAAAUAUUUUUAAAAUACAGACUCAGGAAAAAAAGUGACAAAAAUUUCUCUCUCUAAAAGAUGUAUAAUUUAAAUACUCUUACAUAAGUGAGAUCAUACUAACACGUUUGAUUCUUGGGGUAGGUAGGUUCUGUAUCAAGUCCCACCACACGGAGUCAGCUAAUGCUGAAUCAUUGCUUCAAGGGGAAGUAUGUAGAUGUCUCAUAUAGAUCAUCUUAAAUUCUAAAAGCAACUCAUCCGGGGAGAUUCUAUUUUCUCUA